GCCGCCGCAGCCAUGAGCCGCGCCAAGUUCAUCGACAUUGGCAUUAAUCUGACAGAUCCUAUGUUCAGAGGAAUCUACAGGGGAACACAAAAACAUCAAGAUGACCUUCUGGAUGUGGUAGAGCGAGCAGUCAAAGUUGGUGUUAAAAAGUUUUUGAUUACAGGUGGAAGUCUACAGGAUAGUAAAGAUGCAUUGCAGCUCGCACAGACAAAUGACAUGUUUUACAGUACGGUUGGCUGUCAUCCUACCCGCUGUGGAGAAUUUGAGCAUACUAGUCCUGAGCAGUAUUUAUCUGAAUUAAAAAAUUUGAUAGAAAAAAAUAAGAGAAAGGUAAUAGCAGUUGGAGAAUGUGGCUUAGAUUUUGAUAGAUUAGAAUUUUGCCCAAAGGACAUCCAACUCAAGUAUUUUGAAAAACAGUUUGACCUGUCGGAACAGAUGCGAUUGCCCAUGUUUCUCCACUGUAGAAACUCACAUGCUGAAUUUUUAGACAUAAUGAGAAGAAACCGAGAUAGAUUUGUAGGAGGGGUGGUACAUUCUUUUGAUGGCACAAAGGAAGAAGCAGCAGCUAUAAUAGAUUUGGAUCUUUAUAUUGGAAUAAAUGGCUGUUCAUUGAAAACAGAAGCCAACCUGGAAACACUGAAAUCGAUUCCUAGUGAACGAUUAAUGAUAGAGACUGAUGCACCUUGGUGUGGAGUCAAAAACACUCAUGCUGGAUCAAAAUACAUUAAAACUACAUUUCCUACAAAAAAGAAAUGGGAGACAGGGCACUGCUUGAAGGACAGGAAUGAACCCUGCCAUAUAAUUCAAAUACUGGAAAUAAUGGCGGCAGUAAGAGAAGAUGACCCACUCGAGUUGGCCAAUACUCUCUAUAACAACACUAUUAAAGUCUUCUUUCCAAAUAUAUAAAGUUGUUUUUCUU